GUGUCGCGAGCUGAACAGGAGAGAAGAGCUUGUCUUCAGUUACGAGACGAGGACGAGGACGGGGUGGGGUGACGAUAAUUUAGGUUGAUUUUGGCGGUAUAUGAUUUCGAAAUGGAUCCAUUCACCGAGAAACUCUUAGAGCGCACACGUGCUCGCAGGGAGAAUCUUCAGAAGAAGAUAGCUGAGAGGCCUACAGCAGCCACCCGACAAAUGGCCAAGAGGGCAAGAGAGCCACUUGUUGAAACAAACAGUGUCAUCAGUGUGCCGCCGACUGAGAAAGUAAUUCCCACCUCCAAACCUUCCCCUUCAAAGCGCCGUUGCUCGGAGGAGAAUGCCCAUUUUGCCGGGGAAGAGAACAAGGAGCCAGUUGCCCUUCUUGCUACAGCCUCAGAAACCACAACAGACAAGAAGCCUCCCAUGGCACCAACCAGUAUUCAUUCUGCAUCAGCAGAGAGGAUGGCUGUCCAGCCUAGCUCUGAGUUGAUCCCAGGGUGUCCUUACCCACCGCCAAGUACAGAGAAGAAUGUGGCUGGAACUUCACAGACAGUAACCGUGUGUGCAGAUAAGACUGUGGAGUGUUCUGUCAUUGAGGAAGGCAGAGAGAUUCUUAGAAACACCCCUGCUCCCACGACAAACCCCAGCAGCAUGAGGUCUCGCCUGCAGAGACUGGCUGAGCAGAGGCAGUAUUGGGAUGUAGAGGGCAACAUGGAACCAGACCCCAACAGCGUAGCCCUGUCCCCUCUUAAGCCCCCGAGAGCCGAGAUUGCUACAACUUCAGCUCCAAUACUCACAUCAUCAGAGACCCCCUUAGGCAGAAAGGGCAGACUGGCAAAUCUUGCUGCCUCAAUCAGCUCCUGGGAAGAUGACCAUGGGCAUCAUCCCACUCAUCGAGACAAUGCACAAGUGCAGCCUGGCACAGCCUGCGUCCGUCGGCCAGCCUGUGCAGAAAAGAGCAUCAAUGCCAAGACCACUGCUGCCGCACAGCGGUCUCAGCAUGUCCAGCCAGCAAGCAAGCCUGUCUACAGCACUCAGCAGCUGCCAGUUUAUUCUCCAGUCAAAUCAUCCAGAGUGAUUCCUCCCAGCCCUCAGAAGACUGAGGUGUUGGAGCCCAAACAGUUUAAAGGACCUGUUCCCUCCCCAGGAUCCAGCCCUCUGAAGGCUUGCUCUAGCCAGCCCUCCACUCCUCUCAAACCUCAGAAAGUUCACUCUUCUAGUCCUCAGACGACUCCAUUGUCCCACAGCCCACUGAAGACUCAGGCCCCAUGCAAAGAGCCGGGAGCUGGCAGACUGUUUAGUUCAAGUCCAACAAAACCAAACUUUCCGGCAAAGCCGUCCUCUGCAGUUAUUUCUCAGACCAGUGAGAAAUUGGCCAGGGAGACGGCACCUUUGCAGCAGAGAGUCCCAGCUGGACCUGCUGGUGGUGUCAAGUCAUUUUUGGAGCGUUUUGGAGAAAGAUGCCAGGAACGUCAAAGUUCUCCUGUUAGUGGAGUGGGCCAGGGACGCACACCUGCUGUCACUCCAUCAGCCACUCCCAAAUCCAAACUGCUCCAAGAGAGGCUUGGCAUCUCACAGACAACCUCCACUACUGCAAUGCUUACUCAAAAGCAGAAAAUGGAACGUGAAGCAGAAUUGGCACAGGUUCGCAGUCGGUUUCAGAACGGCAAUAUGUGGAAAAGUAAAGAGGAUCUUGCAGAGGCCAAGAAUAACGAGGAGGUGGAAGAUACUACUGAAGGUUCAGCCUCUGUUAUUUGCAGUGAGCCUUCAAUACCAGACUUGGAUAUUUUGGAAACUCCACAGCUCAGUAAAAAUGAAAUGUUAGACAUGAGGCCUUCCCAGUUUAGCCCCCUGAAGAAGGUUGAGGUUUCAGUGGAGAAACCACAAAACAUGACUGAGCAGAAAGAAAAAAAUGAAGAGGAGAUACAUGAAAUUGAGAUGAAUGUGGACGGCUCCAUUAACUCUGAGGUCAUUAACGAUCUAUUUGAGGGAGUUUUGGAGGAAAAUGAAGAGUGUAGUGUUGAAGAAGAUGAGGAGGAAGAUGCUCUGAACAUCUCUUCGAUGUCUCUGCUUGCGCCUUUAGCGGAGACUGUGGCUGCUGUUGUGAAGAGCCCUGAGAGAAAGCUCAUGACAUCAACCCCAGCCAGUUCAUUUAUUCACAAGAGUGGGACUCCUGAGAGUGUGUCCAGGCCCACAAAAUUCCAGAGGGCACAAGUGCAGCAAGCUGGUUCUUCUGACAGUAUCGAGACUACAGAAGAGCAGAAACUUCUCUAUAGCAUUGAUGCAUACAGAUCAACUAGAGUGAAGGAGACUGAGAGACCACAAGUGAAACAGGUGAUUGUGAGGAAGCAAGAUGUGUCUAAAAGAGUGGAAGAGUCCCAGAGCCCCAGUCACAUCAGCAUUAAACAGAAGAUGCAGAUUCUGACCAAUGAGAUGAAUCUACAACAAACAGUGAUUCAUCAGGCCAGCCAGGCACUAAACUGCUGCACAGAUGAGGAGCAUGGCAAAGGCUCUCAGGUGGAGGCUGAGGCAGAAAGACUUCUGCUUAUUGCCACUGAGAGGAGGGCGGCCCUGAAAGCUGAGCUGGAUCGACAGAAGGCAGAGGGUCCAGCUGCUCAGAAGAAAUGCCCAUCCAGAGCUCAGGAGGACAUGGGUGUGCCUGCCUCCAGGGGCUCCAUCACACUGCAGGAGCUUCGGUUACCACUUAAGGCUGACUUUGUUUGUUCUACUGCCAACAAGCCUGAAUCUGGAAGCCAUUACUUUUUUGUGAUGAUCCGUUCUGGAGCUGAGAACACGGUUGCAACUCCUCUAGCCAGUACCCACAGUGCACUUAGUGGAGAUGCCUUGACCUUCUCUACCAGGUUUAUUCUUCCUGAUGUGUCCAGUGACUUUGAGAUUGACAUUGAAGUCUACUAUCUUGUGCAGAAGCGCGAGGUGUACCUUGACAAAAGGAAAAAGCCGAGCAAGUCCAAGGCUAUCACUCCUAAGAGAUUCCUUGCCAUCACUAAAAGCAAUCUGCAGACACCUGUAAUGGCAAGCCCUGGUGGUCCAAAUGCAGUACGCACCAGCAACUUUGUCCUUGUUGGAUCACACAAGUUAACUUUGGCCUCAAUUGGAAAAAACAAAUUUCCUUUGGAAAAGAUCAAAUGUGAAGGGAGUGAGAGCAAACUACUCAGUGACAUGUUUCAGAACAAGGUGCCAUUCCUUUGUCCUCUGGAAGGCCAUAUCUACCUCAAAAUGCAGUGCGAGGUUGGCUCUCGUGUAGAGGAAAGGGGUUUCCUGACCAUGUUUGAAGAUGUCAGUGGAUUUGGAGCCUGGCAUAGGAGAUGGUGUGUCCUCUCAGGGUACUGCAUUUCCUAUUGGACUUACCCUGAUGAUGAGAAGCGCAAGAAUCCAAUUGGUCGCAUCAAUUUGGCCAGCUGCACUAGCCGUAAAGUGGAGCCCGCUAACCGCGAGUUCUGUGCCCGGCCUAAUACCUUUGAACUGAUUACGGUGAGACCACAAAGGGAGGAUGACAGAGAAACUUUGGUCAGCCAGUGCAAGAACACCAUGUGUGUCACAAAGAACUGGCUCAGUGCUGACACUAAGGAAGAGAGAAACUUGUGGAUGCAGAAGCUCAAUCAAAUCUUAGUGGAUCUGCGGAUGUGGCAGCCAGAUUCAUGCUACAGGCCUGUGUGAACCUCCACCCAUAGUCUGGCAGGCUUUAAGGAGCAGUAUCAUCCUGGGUCAUAGUUUCACAUGAACUGUCAACAGUGCAAUACAAUUUCAAAUUUAUGAAACGUUUACAGAAUUAUAAUUAAUUUUACAUUUGACACAAGUAAUGGACAUGGGACAUUACUCAGUAAAGCCAUACCUAAGACAUUUCAGUAUUGCAAAGAGCAAAAUAAUUCCUUGCUGAUUCCUAAAUGACUUUCUAUAUCUUUAUUGUAAACAGUAGAAUCAAAACCCCUCAUAUAUUGGUUUAAAGUUUAGAAAAAGUUGUCAGGUAUGUAAAAUAUUCCCCCUAAAGCGCACUAAUCUAAGCUUGUUAUUUUGUCUACUGUUUACAACUUUAGACUAUAUCCUGCCUUUUAAUGUAAAAUGCAUGUUGGUUGCUUUAAGAUUCUUUUUUUUAAUUUUUCACGUUUUAUAUUUAAACCAGUUACUGUAUCUGCUAUAUUGAAAGAUGAUUUAAUAACUGUAUGUUGUAGGGGAAAUAAUGGUAUAAAAAGCCUGACUCCUCAAUGUUUGUUGCUUUAUGGAAAGGUCUGAGAUGUUCGUCACCCUCCUUGUAAUUUCACAAUGCAGGAUACAGUGAGUGGGGAAAAUGUGUUUUUGCUACCCAAAGAUAUAUUUAACAUUUUAAGUCUUUGACUACAUUAAUGCAAUUUCAUGGCUUGUGCAUACUUUUAAAUACUGCUUGCUGUAUCUGUAGAAUAAGACCUUCUUCCCAGUGAUUGGUUGGAUUGUUUGGUUGGAUUUUUAGGUAAAGGGAUUUCAUUGUAUUUUUAUGGUUGAUUUCUCAUAUAUUCAUAAAAAUAGCAAGUUGUAAUCUGUUUUUGCUGCAACAGAUAGAUUGAUUUUGCGUUAAGAGAACAGAAAGUAAAUCCUCAUAGUGGAUAAAGUUGGUGUUGACUGCAUUAACAAGACGCGUCAUUUUGAGAUGCAACAUUUAUCAUGCAGAGCGCCACAACUGUAUUCUAAGCUGUUAGGACUACUGCCUAUAACAAUGAAUGCUUGCUUGCAGUGGCUGUUUUUAUGUAAUUUUUUUUAUCUUGCAGUAGUUUUUUGCUGCAGGCAUCCACGCAGGUUUAGCAAAUUACAUGAGUUUGAUUGUGAAAUAUUUAAUCAUUUACAGAUUUUGUUAUUGACAAGUCAAUGGGUUUAAGCUUUCGUUUGACACUCUUUUCCAAAUUGACUGCUUAAAAUACAUUUUAGACAACGUGCAUAUGUAUAUUGACCCCUUACAUUUUCAUAUUUCACUUGUUUUUCUGUGUGGAUAAUAUCACCAAUGCACUUCAGUUGGCUGAUGGGUCUCUAUCUGUUCAUGUGUCUCUUGUUUUAAACACUCCAAUACAGCUUGAAGAACUCUGCAGUGCUGACACUUUAAAUAACGCCAACAACUUUAGCAAAACUAUAGCCAUUCUUUUUUGAAGCACAAUUUCAUUUACGUUUUUAUACUAUAGCAGUUUUGUUAAUUAUUCAAAGCAUGGAAGCAGAAUACUACUGAGCAUGUUGGUACUUCAGUGAUAUACACUAUAUCAUUAACAAGAUCAGUAAUAACCUUUAACUUUUUGCAAUAAAUGUCUUAAAGUUU